CAGAGACACAGAGAUACGUUGUUUGUAGGAUAGCCUUCAACUCGAAUACAAAGAGAAGGGGGGUUUUUCGAGCUUAGGUGUGAGCAGUAGAGAAGUAGAGAAAUAGCUGCUGUUGUUUACGUAUGAACUGUGAAAUAUGUUCAAAAUGUUGAUUUCAUAAUAUUUUAUGUAGAAAAUUACUUUUGACAAUGGACACUGUAAGAAGAAUGAGACUGCAGACCUUGCGAGAGAAGAUUGUGCAAGAUGUACAUGUCGAGUACAUUUUAGAUUAUCUCAUUUCUAAGGAUGUCCUUUCUGAAGAUGAAAUGGAGCGUAUUAAAGGAGAGAAAACUCGUAAAGAUCAAACACGCCACUUACUGGACAUCUUACCCAAGAAGAAUAUUGAUGCAUUUGAACACUUUGUUCAAGCCCUAAAGGGUCCGUAUCCAUGGCUGAGUGAACAGUUAGAGGCAGAGGGUCCAGAGUCAUAUCAAAUUGAAGAGAAAAGUUUCUUUGACAGUUUGCUCUUAGGAGGUUUGCCUCAGUCUCCUCCACAUAAUGUCGAGAGAAAAGAAAAGGUAGAAGAGGUUCGGCAACAUUUGCAUUCUCUCAAGAGAGGUCAUUAUGUUGUUCUUCAUGGAAUGACGGGUUCUGGAAAAUCAUGUCUUGCUGCUGCAGCACUUGACAACAAACAGCUUGUUAUUGAAAAAUUUAAAGGUGCCGUGUAUUGGAUUGGUGUUGGUGACAUAAAUACGGAAAGGUCUGGUGAUCUCCUGUGCCAUAUGACAGAUCUGAUGGAGAAGCUAAGUCAUCAUCCAGAAGUUGAACUGAAGAGACAGGUUCAGUCAAGUACUAGUAUUAAUGGAGCAAGAGAAAGUUUACGCCGAUAUUUUACAAGUGAUGCGCUACGUGAGGGUCUUCUUAUACUUGAUGAUGUUUCUUCCCCUGAAGUCAUUGAAGCAUUUGAUGUAGGAUGCAAGAUCUUGGUGACCACAAAAGAUAGCUGGGUCAUGAAAAGUGUUGAAGGACGACAGUGUCUCGUUAAGGUUAGUGAAGGUUUUUUGGAGCAGGAGUCACUGUGUUUAAUGGCCAAAUGUGUUGGAGUUGAUAUAUCUCAGCUGCCUCCUCAAGCCAAGAAAAUUCAUAAGUUAUGUAAAGGUGUCCCCAUGGUGAUUGCACUAAUUGGAGCACAGUUGGCAGAUAAUAAAGACGAUGUGCAACGAAAUCCUGGACGCUGGAAUUAUUAUCUUGAUACCUUAACAAGGCGUGAUUAUGGGAAAAUAAAGAGACUUAGUUUUUCCCAAGAAGAUGGCAUGCUUGGUGCUAUUGGACUCUGUGUUGAUAAUUUGCCAGAUGAUAUGAAGUGCUUCUAUCACGAUUUUGCUCUCUUUGUCGAGGAUGUGAACAUCAGACCAGAGGUGCUGGAAACACUUUGGUCACGAAAUAAAUAUGAAGUGGAAGAUAUAAUGAGUGAGUUUCUGAAGAAAUCCCUUGCAGUGUCCAAAUGGAAUGAGGUCCUUAAUUCAGUGUGGUUGAAUUUGCAUGAGUAUGUAUAUGUAUUGUGAAUAUAUAUUUCACUUGUAUAAUAUUUUUGUUUAUUUCAGGACCUGCAUAGGAAACUUCUGAAUUGUUACAAAUCUGUUUCUGGUGGAAACUUUUCAAAUCUUCCUAAUGAUAACUACAUAUAUUCUUAUAUCGGUCACCAUUUGAAUGAAGCGGAGAUGUGGUCUGAAUUUCCAAAUCUUUACCUGGAUCUUGAGUUUAUUGGUGCUAAGUUGAAAAUUACAGGUCCAGGAGAUCUUUUGGUUGAUUACAAGAAGUACGGCAGUUUCAUCACUGGAGGAGAUGAACAACUUGUGUCUGUACUGAAAGACUUUGAACAAUUCAUACAGUCACGUGGCUUAGAUUUACACAAGUACCAGGAUAUAGAUAUUGUUCAGUGUGGACUGCAGGAACAUAGAAACAGUUAUGUUUAUAAGAAGGCUUUGAAGAUUGCUAACGGAAGGCCCAGUAAACUGUACCUGCAAUUCUUGCUAGAUCAAGGUAAUUUACCACAACCAGAUACACUGUCAGUAAAUGAGGAAGUGUUUGCAGCCUGUUUCACAUCAAAAGAGAAUAAGAUAUUGACUUCUAAUGGCAAUGGUACAAUAAAUCUGUGGGAUAUGGAGUAUGCUCGCAUACUGUACACUUUCCAAGGUCACAGACAGAGAAUCUUGCACUUGGAGCUGAGUCCAGACAGAACCCAGUUCUUGUCCUGCUCUGAAGAUGCUACUGUAAAACUAUGGAAACUAGAAGGUUCAGUAUGCAAGAACAGGACUGAAGAAGAAUUUGAUGAACAUGGGUUUUCUGUGAAGACUCCAUCUCCUCGCAUGAGGCAGGAUAAUUGGAAGAACAUGUUCUCUAGUGAUACUGUUGGUGACAGAAGCUACAAGACAUUUAGUGAUCAUCAGACUGGUGUGUUAUAUGCUACAUUUUCUUAUACGGGCGAUGAAGUGAUGUCUUGUUCCAGUGAUGGCUCUGUCAAGGUUUGGAAUUGUGAGACUGGUAUUGUAAGACUGACAUUUCAAGUUCCUUCUCCGGGAAGUUUUGCCAACAGUUGCAUAUUUUCUGAAGAUAGCUCAAUGAUAUUCUUUGGUGGUAAUGACAGUGUUGUUUAUGUUUAUGACAAUGAUACUGGUCAUUUGAUCUCAAGAUUUGAAACCUGUGGUUGUGUCAUUGCAAUCUUGGGUACUGCGGACAAUGAAAUUGCUGUGGUGACUGAUAAUUCUGUUUGUCUUUGGAGGUGGGAAACUGGAGAUAAGCCAUGCUCAUCUGUUAAUGCUCAAGAUUUACUUAAGGAAAGGUCACAUAAUGUGAUCCACAGUAAUAAGAAAGCUGUGAACACAUCUACAUUGGAACUAUCUGUUGUCAUGCAAAAUAUCGUAUCUGAGGAACUGGACCAAUCUACAUAUUCAGGCUAUACAUGUGCUACAUUAUCUCAGGAUCAUCUGUAUAUCAUUGUGGGAGCUUCAGACUCCUGCAUUAGGGUCUGGGAUAUCGAAGAACGCAGACUGGUGAAGGAGUAUCUCAGUCAUAAUGGGCGUGUGAGGUGUUUGGAUACGUUCUAUGGAGGCAGCUACCAGCUGUUGCUCUGUGGUUCAGAUGAUAAGGCCAUAAAAGUGUGGCAUAUUGAGCCAGCCGAGCCAGAACAAGAAACUAAACUGCAACAAAAUUUUGAUGCUGUCUGGGAUGGGAACUCUACAGAUCAGUGUAUACCAUUACUAGCAGCUCUAGAUAACCGUAAUAAACUGCAGUUACUACGAGGAAGAAACAUUGUCACUGAAACUGUUCCAGAGAGAGUGGCAGUGAAGUCAUGCAGGCUCUCUAGCUGUGGGCAGUUUCUGGUGUAUGGUUGCUGUGAUGGAUCAGUAAAGAUGUUUGAAGUCAAGAGCAAAUCUACAGCUGUCAUAAUUAAAUUAAGUGGUGCUGUGCAUUACCUUCAGAUCUGCAAUAAUAAUGACCUAACUGUCAUAGCUGCAGAUGAAAACAACAGUUUAAAGGUGUGGAAAGGAAAACCUAAUGAAACAGGGUCAGUAGUAACAUGUGCUGGGCAGACUGAUGUUGUGGUCCAGUGCUUUCUCGUGAGCAUGAACCAGAAGCUGCUAUCUUGUGCACAGGAUGGGAGUGUAAAGAUAUGGGACGUCAUAACAGGAAAUUUAAUUGAUGUUCUUGCGGGACGCAUUACUCAGACAUUUGUCACUAUGGCAGAUCUGUCAUCAAAUGAGGACUUGCUUGUUCUCUGUUAUACUAGUGGAAGUUUUCUUUUGCGGAGUCUUACCCUGUUACCACAUCCACCAUACGUGGAGGUCCAAGACAAUUAUAGUUUUCAGCUUGAUGAUUCUAUUCGCAGCUGUAAAUUGUCUCAUGAUGCAUUAUUGCUAGCCUUGGGACAAGAUACUGGUAACAUUAUUAUAUGGGAUGUUACCAAUACAGUAAUUCUGGGUACAUUGCAUCUUCACAAGAGCUGUGUUCACAACCUGCUGUUUUCGCCUCCUGCAGCAGUUGCAGGUGCUCUCUUGAUAUCACCACCACCUAUAGUAUUAGUGAGUGUAGCUGAUCAAAUUGGAUGGUGGGAUGUUAGCCGGUUGGCCACAGGAUCCUGUAUUCAACAACGAAGGAUGAGUAGUGGUCAGCGAAGGAGAAGAAGAAGUGGUAGUUCUCCAAAAAUAUUGAUCAAACCACUUGGUGAAAGUUCUAAUGGCUGUGUGAAAACUGAAUACUUGGCAGAUGUAUGGUUUGGAAAAGAAGGACCAAAGGGGAAAACAGAAUUAUUAGGUUGUGUGAAGCUUCUAGGACGAGAAGCUAGCAAAGUCUCAGCAAACAGCAACUUUUCUGCAUUUGCUACAGUGGAUGCAAGUGGAAUUGUUUAUCUGAUGAAGGUCUUGUAGUGAUGUUGCCAUUAAUGUCUUGAGUUUCAAGACAGUUUGCUCAAAUGCUGUGUGUACAUGUAAAGGCCUUUACAUAUGUUCAUGCAUGCAUUCAUAUAUGUAUGUCAGAUUUUAAGAAUAUUAUUGUUAUGUUUUUCUGUGUUCUGUUUUAAUAGAAAUAUUGUUUGAAAUACAUACCAUAUAGAACAAGAUCUUAGAACAGUUCUGUUGUGUAAACUGAUGUGUUUAUAUAGAAAUUUGUUUCAUUGUGACUUCUUUUUAAAGUUUCUUUUUUUGAGAUGAAUGAUUAUACCAUUGAGUAAUUUUUAAAAGAAUUUUAUGGUCUUGCUUACCAAUGUUGAAGCAUUUCAUGGAGGUAUUUUUAUAUUUUGUUUUAUUAUUGUAUCAUCACGUAUAAGGGUUAGCUUAACAAAGUUAUUUGGUUCUGGAUCAGACAAAUUAAUUUAUUGGAUCAUUACCAGUUGUAACUAAAAUUAGUUACUACACUUUCAAGAUUGCUGUAUCUAUGACACAUCAACAAUUAUAACAGUCUCAAGGUUACUGCAUUUGUAAUACAUAAAGUAAAAUCUUCAAUACUUCAGUUAUUGAACUGCCUUAAACGCCAUCCUGACGAAUCGGUAUGGACCACCCACAGAAAACACAUAAGUUGCUCAGCAACAUAUCCUUUAUUGUUGUCAGGUGUAUCCGCCCAUCCGUUACCUAGUAAUGGAUAUCCUGUUGUUGCAUAUUUGUUGCCACGAGAUCUGUUUUCUGGCCUGUUACCUAGCAAUGGAUGUCCUAUUGUUGGAUGUGUUUACCUGUCAUUUCCCAGAAAAGGCCCAAUCUGUCACAGUAUAAUAUCUGUUUCUAUAAAUAUAGAUUACACAUUUUAUGUGUUGCAGAAUUGUCAUUUGCAGAUGUCCUGUUAAAGAAAGAAAUUUUACCCACAGUUUUUCAUGGACAACAUUUUCAACAUGUUCAAUAAAAAUCAACGGGAAAUAUUUAUUAUGGCAAGAGAAUGUUGGUAAUAUGCCCUCCAGAAUAAACACAUUUGACAGCUGAACUGCUGUUAACACAAGAGUUACAGAAAAUGGAACAGAUGUUUCCACUUUUUAAAUGUUUAAAAUAAAUAUGUCAGGUAUCGGAAUUUUCGUUCAUGUUUUCACUGGAAUAGCCACAAAUACAGGAAAUUUUAGUUUCUCAUGGUAAUGAAUGUUGAGAUUAUGGUCUCCUUUGAUGUGACUCCGUGCAAUUCAGGAGAUAACUGCCAGCAUUUUGAAGGACUCUACUACCUCCGUCUUCAGAGUAGAAGAGUCCUACAGAGUUUGUGGUAAUGAUAUUUUAAAAUAGCUGAAAUAAAAUGUCAUGUUCAGUUGCAUCAUCUAUACUUUACCAUGUAUACGAUAAUAACGUAGAAGAAUCAUACAGAGUUUGUGGUAAUGAUAUUUUAAAAUAGCUGAAAUAAAAUAUGUUCAGUUGCAUCAUCUAUACUUUACCAUGUAUACGAUACUAUACAUUGAUAUUGGAAGCGAUGAAAGUCCUCUUCAGAAUUAUAAAAUAUGCCAUUGUAUGUUUGGAUUUUAUUCAUAACAGUGGUGUUUUAAAUGGCAGUACUCUUAUUGAACAACCUUAGUGUUGUUAUGGGGCUCUUUUCUAUAUCCAGUUGUACCUUCUGGAGAACUGCAAUGAGCCCUUAAUUCUGUUGAAUAAAAAUAUGUAAAUUCGUCCAAUUGUUGUUUCAGCUCACUGUUGACUGAUACUGUGAUAAGUAAUUGACCCAGCUUGAUGACAGUUAAUGCUUUUGAUAUUCCUAGUAGUGAGUCUUUAUGAAGUAACUUGGUAUUGGAAGGAAAAUGCAUUUGCUUCUGUUAGUUGAUAUUUAUUUUUCCUAUGUGCAAAUUUCUUUAGGAAUGGUAAUGUACUCUUGUUUUCCUUUGUGUUUUAAUUAAAAUGAUAUAACUGGAUAUUUCUGUUAUUAAAGUAGGCUGUUUAAAUUACUUUAAUAUUGUUGCGAACUCAGAAUAGUUCUCCCACUUAUUCCCUUCAACUUUCACCGUGAUCAGACCUUCAGAUGGUCUGUGUGUAUCUGCCUUAAAGAGCAGUGAAACCGUUAUAUAAUUACAUUCAGGGAUUCAGACAUUUAGUUUGAUGUGUAAUGUUUUCUGAGUUCUCAAUUUUUCGUAAUUCAGUUUCAUUUACUUAUUUGAUUCUGUAUGAAGAGUAGAUUGAAAUAUGUAAACUGUAAGACACUUAGGAUUUUUAAGUUUUAUAUUCAGUGGUCUUCAAGCAUUCCUGCUAUCAGCCAUCUGUUGUAGAGCUUAUUCAGGGGGCAGAAGCAUCCAAUGUUUCAGGAUUAUCUACAAAUUUGUGACAGUUGUUGGAUCUUUAUACCAGUUUGGACAUUGUUGAUUGUUUGAGGUGACUACCGUUUACUAUAUUCUAUUUAAGCAUCCUGUUGCACUAUACCCUUCUAUAUGUAAUAAUAGAAAUGCUGUCGUGAAAUGCAACAAUU